AACUGAUUAAAACGGGCUCCUCCUAAAGAUCCGGAUCACAUUUUCAAUUUUAUUUCGAUAUUUCACCUGAAAAUACAUCAAAUCAAAACAACACAAAACUCCCAGAAACGUGGCGAGCUCUUAUUGGUCCAGACGCCGUAAUACGUCACGUAAAUUCUUGGCACUCCCAAACCACCACUGAUCGUCGUCUAUGGCGUUGAGAUCCGGCGGCCGCAAGCUGUCCUUCGACAUCCUAGCCGCCGACGAAUACGAAGACCUCAUCUCCUCCACCGCAAUGCUCCGCUCCCAUUCCGAUCCGCCACCCCUCCAGAACGGCGCCGCCGCCUCCUCCCCUCCUCGAAAGAGGAAGAAGAGGAAGAGCAGGAAGGGAAAAUCGUCUCUCAAUUCUGAGAGCCCGACAGCGGAGACCUCCGUCAUCAACGGAGAUGUGAAUUACAGCUGUACGCUCAGCACACUCACGGAGGAUGCUGCCCUGAUACCGGAUUUAGAUAGCGAGGUGCAGCAGGUGACGCUGUCCUCGGUUUUCGGGGCACUGCGGCAGAGGAAUGUGGGGAAUGGGGUGAGCGGGGGGACUGUGGAAGCGAACAGUGAUGAUAGUGGAAGCAGUAAGAAAGAUGAUGUUGCCAAGGAAGAAGUCGCGGAGAAUUGGAGUGGCUGCGGUAAGGAAAGUGGUCAGCAGGGGCCGGAAAUGAAUGGGAGGAAAUUGGAGAAAGAUGGAACUUUGGAUUGGAAGGAAUGGAUGGCCAAUGACCCCACUUAUAUGUUACCUACGGAGAAGUCGCCAAUGAAAUAUUUCUUGGAAGAAGUGUAUGCUGGAAAUUCCUUGAGGAGCACUACCACCCUUGGGAAUGAUAAAGAACGGGAACGAGUUUAUGAUACUAUAUUUCGCCUGCCAUGGCGCUGUGAACUGCUUAUAAAUAUUGGGUUCUUUGUUUGCUUUGAUUCAUUCCUAUCGCUCUUAACCAUCAUGCCGACGAGGAUUAUCAUGGUAUUUUGGAAACUUAUUAGAACCAGGCAGUUCAAGAGGCCUUCCUCAGCGGAGCUGUCUGAUUUUGGCUGCUUUAUCGCCCUGAUUAUUGGAGUCACUCUAUUACAACAAGCAGAUAUCAGCUUAAUUUAUCACAUGAUCCGUGGCCAAGGAAUUAUUAAACUAUAUGUGGUCUACAACGUUUUGGAGGUAUUUGAUAAACUAUGCCAAAGUUUUGGGGGUGAUGUAAUGCAAGCUCUAUUUAAUUCAGCGGAUGGACUUGCCAACUGCUCACCAGAAAACAUGCAAUUUUGGGUGUGGAGAUUUGUUUCCGAUGAAGCCCUUGCAGUUGCUUCUUCUGUUAUUCAUUCGUUUAUUUUAUUAGCUCAGGCAAUUACAUUGUCAACCUGUAUUGUUGCUCACAACAAUGCACUGUUUGCUAUGCUUGUCUCUAAUAAUUUUGCUGAGAUUAAAAGCAACGUGUUCAAACGUUACAGCAAGGACAACGUUCAGAGUUUGGUUUACUUUGAUUCAGUUGAACGGUUCCAUAUUACAGCAUUUGUACUGUUUGUUUUAGCUCAAAAUAUACUAGAAGCCGAGGGUCCUUGGUUUGAAAGCUUCCUUUGUAAUGCUCUGGUUGUUUACAUAUGCGAAGUCAUGAUUGAUAUAAUAAAACACUCAUUCAUUUCUAAAUUCAAUGGCCUAAAGCCCAUAGCAUUCUCUGAAUUUCUAGAAGAUCUCUGCAAGCAGACGUUAAAUAUGCAAACAGAGAACAGCAAUAAGAACCUCACAUUCGUUCCUCUGGCACCAGCGUGUGUGGUGAUCCGAGUUCUAAGACCGGUAUACGCUGCCCAUCUCCCCUACAACCCACUCCCAUGGAGAUUAUUUUGGAUGCUGGUGUUGUCUGGCAUGACCUUUGUGAUGCUUGCUAGUCUUAAGAUGAUGAUCGGCAUGGGACUCCGGAAACAUGCAGCGUGGUAUGUGCAGAGGUGCCAGAGAAGGAAGCUUCACUCUGACUGAAUGAAAGAUUUGUAAAUCUAUCUUUGCAGAGGAUGCUUAAGACGAUCCUCGAUCGGACGGACAGAAGCCCAUCGACGACAUCUUACGUUACAUGGAUAGCGUAUCCUACCAAUUUUGAUUUCAUAGGGAGCCGAGGUAAAUAGCGAGGAAACUAAUGAAGCCGUUUUGUUUAAGGGGUUGUACAGUUAUUAUCAUGUGUUUCCGUCCUCUCAAAGUAACACACCCAUCUACUAUAAAUAUCUUACAUUUUUUUUUGCAA